AUGCAGAUAUUUGUCAAAACUCUUACAGGAAAGACCAUAACUCUUGAUGUGGAGUCUUCAGACACCAUUGAUAACGUAAAAGCUAAAAUCCAAGACAAGGAAGGAAUUCCUCCAGACCAACAAAGGCUCAUUUUUGCAGGAAAACAAUUAGAAGAUGGGAGGACUUUGGCAGACUAUAAUAUACAGAAAGAAUCAACACUGCAUUUAGUUUUACGUCUUAGAGGAGGCAUUUUAAUUACAGUUGUUCUAAGGGACUUAACUGGAGUGGACAAUGAAAUAAAUGUCAACUCUGAUGACACUGUUGAGCGUCUCAAAGAAAUUUAUCAGGAAACAGCUGGUGUUCCUGUCGACCAGCAAAGAAUUAUUUUUGCAGGAAAACAGCUUGAAGAUGAAAAAAGGCUUAAUGAAUACGGAAUCACAGCUGGGGCAAUAAUGCAUAUGGUUCUUCGCUUAAAAGGCUGCUAA